CAUUUCUCUCUUCCUUUCGUAUCUCUAGCAACAGAUGUAUUGAUGUCAGUUGUCCAAAUGCAGAGCCAAUCAACAAUCAGCUGGACAGCCCAGUCAUUGUAGAUAGCAUAUAUAAAGCCCAGUGAGUGGGACACGAUCUCACGGACAGACAUACGUUUCGAAAAGCUACAGCUAAACUGUCCGUUUUGGAAACCCACUACUUCCCAGAAGCAAUGGAUCUUCAGGAAUGGGCCAGCAUUCUCCAGAACACGAUUGAGGAGCAUGACAUAGAGGACACCUGGAGCAUUGAAUUUGAUAGCACCAUCAUUCCUAAUCACCCAGCGAGAGGUUGGCAGCAGUACAUCAGUGGGGCAUUUGCAAGGUUCAUGUGCUCAAAGUGUAAGAGGACCUGGCCUUCGAAAAGAGUUCUGGUGGUGUUUCACAUGCGUCUGUUGGAAGACAAGGGGAUGGUUAAAGUGAAACGCUACAGACAGGAGUGCAAGAAGUGUGUACAGAGUACAAUGGAGGAGCCUCGUUUUAAGACAGAGAACAUUGAGGUGCUGCUGGAGAAGCUUGUUGUGAAGAUCCUCGUCAAGUGCUACUAUAAGGACGCAGGCGAAAAUAAUAACCCAUUCCAUUUGGAAGGGAGGAGUGAUGGACCCCAUGAGGCUGCCCAUUGUGAAGCCUGUAAACAUGGCAUCUGCAGACAGGUGACCACAAAAGAAACAUAGAAUGGAAAAUAUAGAAACAUCUGGGAAAUGUUUAAUUCCUAAAUGUAUUGUAUAAUCAAUGAACAAUUUUGAGGAGAGUUGGAUGUGGAACUGGAUAUAAUACUGUAAAGAUAAUUGUAUUUCCUGAUGAAGCUGCGAAAACUAUAUCCUCUGAAUCAAGGAUGGGGGAAAAAAAGAAGGCAUUAACUGAAUUGUCCACCAUUUAACCAUUUUAAAAUGUACUUGUUUUUUAUACUAAAGUUGAUAGUGUUGAUUGAGAAAGUACACUUUAAAAGAACAGGUGUACAAAUCAUAUCCCAUAUGUCAGGUGAUGACCUUUAUGGUGCAGAGACGACUGGCUACAAUGCAAAUGCAUAUACAAGCAAGGCAACAUUGCUUUAGAAGCCCAUAUGCAUCCAUUACAAAUAUUUGUGGGACUUUACACAGAUCUUAGUGUGCAAAACGUGACAACAUUUUUAUAAUGGUGUGUGUGUGUGUGUGUGUGUGUGUGUGUGUGUGUGUGUGUGUGUGUGUGUGUGUGUGUGUGUGUGUGUGUGUGUGUGUGUGUACUUUGCAUAUGGCAUCAGCAGGGAGUAAAACACCAUUUUAUGAUUUAUAACUUUGAGUCAAAUGUCCUGACCUGCUAUAAAACUGCUUUAAAUAUCUAA